UCCUCGUUUAGUAAAAAAUACAGAAUUACACUGACUUUUAGAUUGUAUCUAACUGUGAUUUCUCAUGUUUACUGUAUAUUUCCAGCUCUUUCCUUGAGCAGUGGUUUCCAACUUAUUGUCCUUAAAGUCCCUCUUUCUUACUUUCAAGCCCAGCUGAGCCCCUAAUGCCUAUCCUCAUGAGUAGGUCAGGUCUGGGCGGGGCUUCUCCUCCAGCUCCAUCCAAUAUUCACUUGAAUAGGUUAUACACCUGGAUAACAUCUGGAUUUGCUAAACAUCUAAAGUUAUAUUUGCCUCCCACUUUGGCACUUUACAGAGAUUUAAUUUAUUUCUCUCUAAUGAAACUUUUAAGUAGCAGCUUUUAUUCUGAAAUUCUGCUGAAUAGAAGGAGCUGAAUUUCUUUUAGGUGCAUAAAACCCAUAAGGUAAAAAAACAAAACAAAACAGCAGAGUCCUGCACCCAGAGUCAGAGGUAAAGUAUAGAGUCACAUCUUUUGUUGAGAAACSUUUAGGGAAGUGGAAAUCAGCCUUGAGAGAGAGAAAAGAAACAGGAACAAUGAAAUGUGACCACAUGUAAUAGAGAGGAAGUGGAAUCUCACAUCCCGUUCAUCUUCGAGGCACUUUAUGAUGGACAGUAUGAGGAGAACUUUGUUGUAAACAAACAUUGUGAACGUCUUAAACUUAUUGUGACAUAUUCAAUUAACUUAGAGCAAUAAAAUAGAUAAAGGAUGACUUCUGCACCCAUCUAUCGUAUAGGUUUAUGCUUUACAUUUCAAAAGCUUAACCUGAACAGAUGGUGAAAAUAGAAACAUUUAGUAGAUGAGGAACAUUAUAGGAAAUAAAAAUAAAAUACAUUAUUUGUAGAUGAAGCUGUGAGUAAUAUAAUACACAGAUUAGCAAACUAAGAUAAAAUUAAGAAGUCUGGAAAAUUAAACUCUGCCCUUCCUGUUUUAGUAGAAACUAAUUGGUUAAUUAGCUGAUGCUAAUAAAAUAGUUUUAUCAACUGAUUGCAAUGUUUYUGCACCUGUACAAAAGCAGAAGCCACAGUUAGUUUUUUUUAUUACUGUGGUUUUUCACACUGAGACAAAAAAAUAAAAAUAAAAACUAAAUAAAGUGAUGUGCCCAGAGAKUGUGAUUUGAAAAAAGAAACAUUAAAUGUUGAAAGGUCAUGUGAACAUAGUGCAUUGAUUACAAUAUCUGAUCAAAUAGAUAACAGUGUUGACAGACUGCUGGUGCCAUGUUAAUAUUGCAUCCACAUUAUUGAAUACGAGGUUUCUGUCUGAAAUAGAGCACAGCUGAAACUUAGAUGAACACUUUAGAAUAAGACCCAGAAUGCAUUGCUAAAUACAGACGCAUGUGCAUCAUUAACUGUAAAAAGGUCAGUUAAACACUGCACACACAAAAACAGUUGUAGUUUUGAGGGAAAUAGAUAGGUUUGAGGCUUAUUUCCUUGUCUGUUUCCGUCUCCCUGGCCUUUUAAGAGCACAAUCAGGGAGUGAGAGACACAAAUGUAUGGUUACCGUGGGAACCAUAAAAGGCAACCAGCAGCAACUUUAACGUUUAUUUUGAUCUGGUUUUCUCUUUACACUUUGUUAUACAGUAUUUACAGCUAAAUGUCUGCAUUUUGUUGGGUUAAAUUUUUUAAAUUAUUAUUAUUAUUGUUUUCAUUUAUUUUUGACUUUACAGGUAAAAGCUGAAAGGCAUUUCAGGCGGUGGCUACUCAGACACCUUUAAAAACAAAACCUUCAAAAUGUUUCUUUGCUAUUUCUGGCCUGCCUCUUUGCCCACUUUGCUUCUCCCAGUCCUCCUCUGCAGAGCACCGAAUGAUCGACGCGCCGGUCUAACCAAUCACACGCCCCCUUUUCCAUGGACUGGAAUUAUCAUCCAAUGGUAGAAGCCACAUGGGGCGGGAUGUGUCCGGACCUUCCUUCAUACACCUCCACACUGGGCAGAAAUCUGUGGUGUCGCUGUCAAACCCGGAGAGGCGAGGGAGGAGAGGCGCUGUGUCAUGGACGUGUCGGACUGACGGACUCCAGAACCCGCUUCCCGUCAGGACAGUCUCCCGCAACAUGUCCACGGACGAGGCGGCCGGUCAGCGCGAGGAAGGGGAGUACGGAAGGGCGGCGAAGCGGCUGAAAACGGACGAGCCGGGGCCGGAGGAUGAGCUGGAGGAAGGGGAGGACUCGGAUAGCGGGUCCCUGCCCGGGAACGGAGAGGCAGAGACCCGCAGCAGGGCCCGGUGGAGAGGGGGGCGGAAGGAUAACGGUGAAGACUCCCAUCUCAUCUCUCCUAGUCCUGUGGUCCAUGUCAGGGGUCUUUGUGAGGCCGUGGUGGAAGCUGACCUCAUCGAUGCGCUGGAGAAAUUUGGAGCCAUAUGUUAUGUGAUGAUGAUGCCCUUCAAGCGUCAGGCCUUGGUGGAGUUCUCUGCUGUGGAGAGCGCCGACCGCUGCGUGUCCUGUGGAGCCAAGGAGCCCGUUUACAUUGCAGGCCAACAGGCUUACUUUAAUUACUCCACCUCAAAGAGAAUCACCAGACCGACAAACUCUGACAACCCGAACAGUGGCAACAAGGUCCUUCUGCUGUCCAUCCAGAACCCCCUCUACCCCAUCACCACGGAUGUUCUGUACACCGUAUGUAACCCCAUAGGCAGCGUGUUGAGGAUCGUCAUCUUUAAACGAAAUGGCAUCCAGGCCAUGGUUGAGUUUGAGUCGGUGCAGGGAGCUCAGAAGGCCAAAGCAGCACUGAACGGAGCUGACAUUUAUGCUGGUUGCUGUACACUCAAGAUUGAAUAUGCACGGCCAACACGUCUGAACGUAAUAAAGAACGAUAACGAGAGCUGGGACUACACUAAACCAUACUUGGUCAGACGAGAACGUGGAAAAGGAAGACAAAGACAGGCCAUUUUAGGAGAACACCCAUCAUCCUACACUGAUAACAGCUAUGGUCUAGCCUGCCCCCUGCUGCCUCUGCCCAGCAGCAGCAGGUACAAGCUGUCCUCAGUGGACRUUCCAGACAUGGUGUCCUACCCGAUGCCACAGCUGUCCUCCUCCUACUCUGGCCAUGCUUCCAGCUCUGUAGCCAUGGUGAGCGGCCUCCAUCCAUCCAAGAUGAAUUGCACUCGAAUCUUCAACCUCUUCUGCCUCUACGGCAACAUUGAGAAGGUAAAGUUCAUGAAGAGUGUUCCUGGUACAGCACUGGUAGAGAUGGGAGAUGAGUAUGCUGUGGACAGAGCCAUCACACACCUCAACAGCAUCAAGCUGUUUGGAAAAAGACUCAAUGUCUGUGUGUCCAAGCAGCACGCAGUGAUCCCCAGUCAGGUGUUUGAGUUGGAGGAUGGCAGCAGCAGCUAUAAGGACUUUGCCAUGACCAGGAACAACCGGUUUAGCAGCGCCGGUCAAGCCUCAAAAAACAUCAUCCAGCCCCCGUCUGCUGUGCUACACUACUACAACGUUCCUCCGUGUAUAUCACAGGAUCAUCUGCUCAAGCUGUGUAUGGAGCAUGAUGUUCCUGGCUUCAUCAAAUUCAAAAUGUUCGAUGCUAAACCCUCCUCUAAGACCAUCUCUGGCUUGUUGGAGUUUGACAGUAAGACGGAGGCUGUGGAGGCUCUCACUGUUCUCAACCACUACCAGAUUAGGAUACCCAAUGGAUCCAACCCCUACACUCUGAAACUGUGUUUUUCCACUUCGUCUCAUCUAUAAAAAGAUGCUGAGGACAAACAGAGGCAGCUGAUGACUGGCGCUAAACUGAAGAGAAGACGAGGACAUGUGAGAGACACGGAGGACAGCACGGCAGGGACAAACGUGGAGAUUAUAAAAGACAGGGAGAACGAUCCAAACCGGCCCUUUACUGGAGAUAAAGGAGAUAGAGGACCAGUCACCCAGUCAGAACUGAAAACACUGACUGACUCUUAACUGAAACGUUGUUGUUGAUAUUUUUAAUCUGUUAUUUAGGAUAUUUGUUCCAGAGUCUUCAAAACCUUUCUGACUGAUUUCAAGAGAAGGACUCGCUGUUAGAAAACUGGAAUCUUCCUGAACGAAGCUCACACAUCUCAAACAGAUUCACAUAGUCAAUGGUUACUGCAGUAAUAUUUAACUUUUUAAGGAAAUAAGAUAAAAAUCUUUGUUUUUCUUUCAGUCAUCAUUGAAAGAAGUGAAGUAAAUGGGGGUAUGAUUUGAACAAGUUCCUAUUUAGCGCUUAUUUCCCUUUUAAGAUAACGGUCAUCUUUUUCAGCCAAGACCUUGGGCGGAAAUCUCAAGUGAGUCAGGACCCCCUUAACUUUGGAAAAAUAAGCAAUACAAACAAAAGAAAGCAUAGCCACCAAUUAUACAGGCAAAUCAACGCAUGUUAUGCUUAUUGGUAACUCUAAAUUAUCUGUAGGUGAAAGUGUGAAUGGUUGUCUGUCUUGUUUGUCUGACUCUAUGAUGAACUUGCGACCUGUCCAGGUUGUCUCUCGCACAGUGGCUGCUGGAUAUGAGCACCAGCGACCUCACCCUCCCUGACCCAUUAUGGAAGAAGCAGGGGAAGAUAAUAGAUGGAUAAAUGGAUGCAUUAAAAAAUGAUGCUCCCUCCUUAUCAGCCUGACAAUAGUUUGGUAUAUUACCUGUCUGGAGAGAGCCUGGAAGGGGAAUGGGCGGAGCUAACGUGAAUAUUUGGCUUCCAGUGAAGCCACGUUGCACAGAAACCUCUUCAGUGUGAGUGUUCCUGAUUUUCACUUGGUAGACUGAGGUUUGAUCCCCACUGAGGGAUUUACAUGUUUAUUGUUAUUCUAUUCAAACCAAGAUAGUUUAGCUUUUUGUAGGUGUCAGUAAUAUUUCUGUGAUGUUUAAAUACAUCUGAGAUUAGUAGGAACAAUAGACCUUGUUUGAUCAUUAAUGGUUGUACUUAUUUAGAGCUUUAAAUUCAUGGAAAGCUGCUAAAGAUCAGUGACAACUGAUCAGUGACCACAAACAAGUACUAAACCAAGACAAAUUAAAUUUUCAACGUGGUUCUGAACAAUUUUACUGAAGAAAUCUACACCCGUUUUUGAUGUACAUUAACAAUUUCUCACCAUUAUUUGCUCUGCAGACUGAAAAAAAAUUGUAAAUUCUUUAAUGGGACUUCAGCUUUUUUGUUUACAUGUUUUUUUAUGGCAACAUGUGGGUGUGGAUAAAUUUUUCCUUUUGCACUUUAUUAUUGUGUAUAGAUGCAUGUCAGAUGUUUAACAACCUGUUCUUAUAGUUUAUUUGGCUUUAUAUUUUUGUGAAAAGAAGAAUAGCAUAUGUUGUAAGUCAAUUGACUGCGUGACCAGGAAGCUAAUAAACAAGCGCCAUCAGAGAUCAAAACUGAAGCGAGAUGGAUGAAGACGGUUGGCGCUUUCAUUAGUUUCUGCAACUUGUCUACUUGGUAAACACGGUGAUGAAUAUUUUCUUUUUAUUUUGACUCCCCCAAAACUUUGCUCUUAAAAAUAACUAUGAGAUGGAAUUUCUGCCCCUGGAAAAAAACACCAUCUUACUUUAAAGGGGUACUCCWGCAAUUUAAAGUGAGGUUCUGUGGAAAACGAAAGAAUUGUGUGUAAAAAAGACUGACAAAGUUGUAAAA